AAAACCACAAGUCAUCAGCUGAUUCCUCACAUGACAGUUUUUUUAAAAUCUGUCUUUUUUUUCCCAGCGUUGAAGCGGCUAUGAUUAGUUAGCAGUGUUAAAACUGUUCGAUAUAUUAAGGUUUGUUGAAGUCUACGCAUAAUCUAACUGUACGUAAAGUGGUUUUACAUGGAAGUCUGUUCGGCAUGGUCCUGACACCCUACAAACUGUGAAAAUAAGGAUAGGAUCUUACUACUGGAUGUUGUUGAGUGAGGACAUCACGCCAAGAUGACACCAGAAAGCAAAUCACUGUUAAACAUCUUUGUAUUGGGUCUUGGUUUUAUGUUUAUGUUCACCGCCUUCCAGACCUGUGGAAACAUUGAACAAACUGUGAUUAAGAGUUUUAAUAGCACAGAAUUCCAUGGAAGUGGGUACACAAGCAUGGCUAUUAUUUAUGGAGUCUUUUCUGCAUCAAACCUAAUUGCUCCUUCAGUGGUAGCGGUCAUUGGACCUCAGUUGUCACUGUUUUUCAGUGGGCUAGUUUACAGUGGAUACAUUGCUAUGUUUAUUCACCCUUUUACUUGGAGUUUCUACACUGCUUCUGUCUUUGUUGGAAUUGCAGCUGCAGUGCUGUGGACAGCUCAGGGGAAUCUUCUUACCAUCAAUUCCAGUGACUCAUCCAUUGGCCGAAACAGUGGGAUAUUCUGGGCUUUGCUGCAGUUUAGCUUGUUCUUCGGCAAUCUUUACAUAUAUGUUGCCUGGCAUGGGAAGGUUCACAUAUCAGAUAAAGACCGUCAGACGGUGUUCAUUUCACUCACCAUCAUCAGUCUGGUUGGAAACUUCCUCUUCUUCCUUAUUCAGCGCACUGAGACUGAGGUUGUGCCUUCUGAGGGGUCUGAAUCACCGUUGCCUGGAGAUACUUGUGAAAGUGAUUCAGUGGUGGCAGCACCCCAGGGUCUAGGUUCUCAGGCGUUGGUGGCAUUCAGGAAAUCCAUUCAGCUGGCCAUGACCAAAGAAAUGCUGCUGCUAAGCAUAUCCAUCGCAUACACAGGACUGGAAUUGACUUUUUACAGUGGUGUUUAUGGGACAUCCAUAGGAGCUAUGACUGUCUUUGGUGAUAAUGCCAAAAGUCUCAUUGGCCUCUCUGGAAUUUUCAUUGGUGUUGGUGAAAUACUUGGUGGGUCUGUGUUUGGAAUGCUGAACCAGUGCAACCAGUAUGGAAGGAACCCUGUGGUGCUUUUGGGAUUGGUCACCCAUUUUUUGGCCUUCUAUCUGAUAUUCCUGAACAUAGCCAGUGAUGCCCCCUUAGCCCCAGAGGAGGGCACACAGUUGCAGGCCUUCAUCCCUCCCAGCACGGAGUUGGCGUUGUUCUGCAGUUUCCUGCUUGGACUGGGUGACAGCUGUUUCAACACACAACUGCUCAGCAUUGUGGGCUUCAUAUUUCGUGAUGACAGUGCCCCAGCAUUUGCUGUUUUUAAGUUUGUACAGUCCAUCGCCGCAGCUCUGGCGUUCUUCUACAGUAAUUAUCUCCAGCUACACUGGCAACUGCUCAUUAUGGUACUGGUGGGCUUUACUGGCACCCUCUCUUUCUUUGUGGCUGAAUGGAUGGUGGUCAGCUGCAGACGAAACUCAGAUUAUGACAGCAUCUAACACCUGGAGUCAGAGAGAAUGUGGCAGCAGAAGACUGUUUUUGUGCCCUCCUUUUUAACAUUUUCCUGCAGGUUGCUGGCUCUUAAGGAUUGGUAUAGAAUUAGUAGUUUUGCAGAAUUUGGUAUUACUCAUUUGUCUUUUUGCUCACUAAGCUCUGUAAGACACAGUUAUUGUAUUGUUUCUUCUUUUUUGCAGCUGCACAUAAAAUAUUUUUUUUUUAAUAUACAAAGCCAUUAAAGUCACUGUUUGCUUUUGUGGUAACCUUUGUGGUAAGGGAGGAGUUGGUUGAGUGCACCACUCAUAAUUGUAAUACUAUAUUUUCAGGCAUAAUUGCAGCCAUAACAGCAGAACAUACAACCAUAUGACAACUGUCUCAAGACAAGCAAAUUGCAGUAUAGCAAUUUCUUAUAUAAAGGGAGAAUAAAAGAGUUUCAAAAGGGUACAUUUUAAUAGUAGAAUCAUUACGGAGAAUCAGUAUAAUCCCAAUGCAAAAUUACAUGGAGAUGUUGCUAAGAAAUUAAGUUUCCUUUAAAGUUUUACUUUAGUUUUAAGUGUGUUUUAAAAGGUUUUUGUAAAAAAAAAAAAUUUCCCUCUAAUAUUUACCAGCCACUGGCCACAGUAUAGUUAUCUAAUGUUAAUGCAAAACAUGUAGUUACAGUGUUAUUAAUAGUCUCAGAUUUUAUUCUUGGAAAUUUAGAACUGUAAUAUUGGAUCUUUCUUUAAACAAUACCUUGCCAAAAUGUUCAAUGCAUUUCCUCAACAUUUAUUUCCUCACUACAACAGAUCAACUGUAAUUGUACAAAACUUCAAUGUCCUAAUGUCUGAAUUAUAUGUGAACUUUCUGUUGAAUCAUGGAACACUUUUGUGAAUUAUCAAAGCAAUACCUUAAUUUGCAGUACAAUUGCACGUAUAGGAGGGAGGUAAAUGUGAACUAAGGACUCUUGCUACAGGACAUCUUUUUUUUAUUGGGAUGCAGUAUGCAUGAGCAAUUCAGCUGUAAUUUAGGGCAAUAGAUGUUAAAUGUGUGUACAUAAAAUGUAGGCUCUAGGUACAAUUUGAUUGUUUUACUUGACUCAUACUCUAGGCCUACUGUAAACCAUUGAUAAAGAAGCCAGGAUUUAAUACAAUUUGAUAAAUGAAUUAUUAAAAAACCACACACAAUACAACCUUUUAGCUGGCAUCAUAGGUGUCAUAGGCACCAUAGUUGAAUCUUGACCUUAUUUAGGGGGCUUCUAUUAUUUUUAGACUCCUGAAAAUUUUCAGUCAACUUUCUCUAACCCAAUUAAAUUACUAUAAUAUUUUAAAUCUUUAUUUCCAAGUGUGAAAACUCACAAAGCAAUGGUACAGCAGUAAUUUGUCCACAAACCAUCCUUACACUCCUCUCUAGUUAUAGUCUAGUCAUAAUUUGGCUAAUCAUAAUACGGUGGGUGAACUUCAUUUUCUCUUCAUUGAACUUCAUUUGAAAAUUCAUUAUACAUCACUUUUAUUCAUACCUUACUGUAUUUUUUUUAAAGGAUUAAAUUUAUUUUAUUUAUUUAUUUAUUUUUUGCCUCCAGUCUACAUGCAGCAACCCAUAAUGAAAGUAAAACCCAUUCCCUUUUUUUCUUUUCUUUUUUUUUCUUUUCGAAAUUAUUGCAAACCUAAUUAAAAGAUGAAAUCUCUCAUUUAGAUAAGUAUUCAGACCUUUCAUUCAGUACUUUGUAGAAUCUUCUAAUCUUCUUAAGUAAGUCUCUACAAGCUUUGCACAUCUGGAUUUAAGCAGUAGUUUCUCGAUUCUUCCUUGUCAGAUCCUCUCAGGCUCUAUCUAUCAGAAUAUGGAAUGCAUCUGUUAACUGCCAUGUUAAGGUCUCUCCACAGAUGUUCUAUGUUGUUGACAUCUGUACUUUGGCUACUCAAGGACAUUCAGAGUCCUGUUCCACUUUGUCUUUGCUGUAUGCUUUGAGUUGUCAUGCUGAAAGGUGAACCUUCCCAGUUUGAGGUCGUUUUCACACUGGAGCAGGUUUUCUUCAAAGAUCUUUCUGCAUUUGGUGGCAUUCAUCCUUCCCUUAAAUGCCACUGGGUUCUUGUACACCUCCCUCAACCAAGGCCUUUCUAACCCGGCUACUGAGUUUGGCCAGACAGCCAGCUCUAUGAUGAGUCCUUGUGGUUCCAAACUUCCAUUUUACAAUAAUGGAGCCUACUGUGCUCCUGGGAACAUUCUAAAUGUUUUCCCUGUUUCAGUACUUUUUUAAGUGUGCCCUUGUCAAAUUGCACUCAUUAUUUCCCCUAGGGGAAAUGACACCAUCA